AUGGAGAGGAGUAGUCAAGCACUAGUUUUCUUGAGCUUUGUUUCCCAACUUAUAAUUCUAGUACAUGCUCAAAACACUACCCUGAUCACCCAAAUAUGCAAUCAAACACCCAACAACAACCUAUGUGUUUCAACAUUAAACUCAGACCCUAACACUCUUAACGCAAAUGAUACGAGAGAUUUAGCCAUCAUCAUGGUGAUCCAUACAAAUGAUAUGGCUACCAAAACUCAGAAUCACAUCGUUGGUCUUUUACGAAACCGCGCAAUCGAGGGAACAAUGAGGCAACUCCUUGGCAAGUGUUAUCGUAUGUAUUUCAUGAUCACUAAAGAUCGUCUUAUAGAAACCGUAAAUAGUUUGUCAGCCAAAAACUAUGCUUUAGCUCGAGAUAUGAUGAAAGAUGUGCAAACUAGUAUCGACAAUUGUGAGGGGAGUUUCAACGAAAUUGUCAAGUCACCCAUAUCUGCUGAUAACAAGGCUGCGUCUGACCUUUCUUUAGUUGCUUAUGCUAUUGUUUCUUACAUAAGUAACCAUAAUGUAACAUAA